AUGUCGGCCAAUGGGGGAUACGACUCAGAUGAGGACGUCGAAUUUGAGGACGUUCCUCUCUCGACUCUUUCGACAUCGACCCGUACUCAAGCCCCAGAAUCCGCAGAAUCACCUGAAGCUGCUCAUAACGCGUCCUCGUACUACGGUCUUGAUGCUUCCCGAUAUCACUGGACUCCCCCACUUAAUCUACCAGGCCAGCGGUCUGCGCCUUUACCCUCGGGCUCGUAUGGAGAGAAUCAGAUCCGCGGUCAACUCAAUGCAGGCCUGGAAAGAAUCGAUCUCCGUCUAAUGAAAGCUCGACUGGGCAUUGAUGUCACGACUCUACCAACGGAAACCCGGUAUCACGACUUUGCGGAAUUCAGCACAGAAGUGGAGCGAUUUGUUGAUAUCCUAUGGAUAUCUGCGACGCCAUCCAUUCAAAUUGAAGGCCUUCUCGCACUUGCCGGCAUUACUGAACAGGCAAUCCCUGUCUUUGAGUUCGAUCCCGAGGCUGUUAUGACUAUCCUCCACAAAUUCGACGUGAUUUUUGUGGCUCUGUGCACUGGUCAACACCCUACCACUCAGGAGCCCCUGCCCGGUGUGGUGGCAGGCCAACCAAUUGUGACGCAGACCCAACAGGUCCGAAUGCGGAGUUUGGCUGAGGAGACCCGGUCUGCAGUCUUCCUAGCUUUUUCUUUGAACGACUCUGACAACUCUGAUGAAGAAGAAGGGAAUGUCAAUCAAUCUGUGCUGAUGCCGUUGACUUACAUCUAUGAAAAAACGUUGACGUCGCUGCCAACUUAG